GGCUACCUUCGUAUUUGUAUUAAGGUAAUAUUUUGUUACUCUGUUUGAUUAAGUUUCCUUUUUUAGUUGUUUUAGUGUGUAUAUACUCCCAACAUAAUACCACUUCCAUGACAAUAUUAUUAGCACACAAGUUUUUUUCUUUUUUCGUUUUUUGCCAAAAUUAAUUAAUUUUAGAGAUCCAAAUUCCCUUACAAACCUAAAAAAAAUGGCAAAUCUGUGCCAGAACUUAGUGUUCACCACCACCAUCUUCUUCCUUUCUUUCAACACACUCAAACCAUUAGAAGCAUGCCACCCAUGGGAUGAAGAGGCCCUACUGGAUUUCAAAAAAACAGUCACAGAUGAUCCUACAUACCCUCUGCUCCUCACAUGGACUCCCUCCGCAGACUGCUGCGUCGCCUGGGAGGGAGUGACAUGCGACAACCAGACAGGCCGUGUCGUGGCACUGUCACGACAGGGCCUGAUAUCCGACUACGAGGGGAUCCUCAACGUGUACGUUUCCGGGUCCCUCCCCCCUUCCAUUGGCAACAUGUCUUCCCUCCAAGUUCUUAACCUCGCCGGGCUCCAGAACUUGUCGGGUCCCAUCCCGGAGUCCAUUGGGAGAUUGGUCUCCCUCACCACUCUCUAUCUCAAUGGGAACGGGUUCUCGGGUGAGAUCCCGGACGCCAUUGGGAAUCUCAAGAACCUCCAGUUUCUCGACUUGUCCGAAAACCAACUCGCGGGUCGGAUCCCGGGCGGCAUUGGGAAUUUCAAGCAUCUCCAAGAUCUCUACUUGUUCAAGAACCGGCUCGCGGGGAGCAUCCCGGGCACCAUUGGGAAUCUCAAGAAGCUCCGGUAUAUGGACUUGUCGGUGAACCAACUCAGUGGAAGAAUCCCAAGUGGUGUGGGCAGUCUUUCAGAUCUAGUGAGAUUACUGCUCAAUGGAAACAGAUUGACUGGACCCAUUGCUGCAGAGUCAAUAUCAGGCCUGAGCUCACUGGAAGUCCCGCCAUUGGACCCAUUGCUGCAGAGUCAAUAUCAGGACGAUGAGACGAUCCCACCCGCCAUUGGAGACCUCAAGAAUGUGAAAUGGGUCUUUCUUGAGAACAACAAUUUCACAGGGAAUCUCCCGGAAUCCAUUGGCCGCCUCUCCAAUCUCAUGACUCUGCAACUCUACAACAACGGCUUCACCGGAGAAAUCCCAGAGACUUUGGGAGAUCUUCGCAACCUCGGCGUAUUGGAUCUGUCAAGAAACCAACUGAGCGGAAAGAUCCCUCCCCAGCUGGGAAACCAGCAGGGAUUAUCCACUUUGGAUCUCUCAUUCAACCCAUCUCUGGAUCUCCGGGUCAUUCCUGCCCUGAGAGUUACAAAUCUUUCUCUAGCAGGAAUGGGUCUCAAAGAGGUUCCCAGCUCACUGGCUUCUUCAUCCUUUUCAUUUCUUGAUUUAUCAAGAAAUCAAAUCCAGGGAAAAAUCCCAUCUUGGCUGGGAAACAUGACCGCUCUUUCCUCCCUGAACCUGUCCAACAAUGGGUUUCACUCAGAAAUCCCUCAGGAACUGUUCAUCGCUCUCGGUUCUUGACCUCCACUCAAACAACCUCUCUGGGGAUGUGAACACCAUCAUAUUCAAGAAAGCAAGUGAGUCGGG